CACGCCUGAGUCUUAGUCUUUCCUAAGCCUACAAUGAGCUCAAUCUCGUUCAAGUUUCUACGCAUCCUUACUCUCCACAUCGUUUCGUUUGCACUCACCUCUCCACAGCAUAAACUCGCAAACUAUUACUUUCGAAUAACAUCGCACAAUCUCAGAUUUCCUCCAAAUAUUCUCACGUUUUCCUCGAUCCAAACUACCUCUCCAUGUAUUGUACGACAAUUGUCAAGUUACAGCCUUGUUUUCCAACAAGCAAUAUAAUAUUCAUCACGU